CGCGACGCGAUAAAUUCCGUUUAGUUCAACGCAGGCCGCGGUUGUAUACACACGUGUUUUGUUAUAGAAUCGCGAUGUGUGCCGCUAUAGACAUGCUCGGCUCCGAGCAAAUGUUCUACGGCCGAAGCCCUCCAGCCGGUUUCUUGUCAGACUACACGCCGCAAGUGAGGAGGCCGAUCAAACUGACGUCCAGAGGGUACUCAGCGCCAUGCCUCUCACUCUUGAAGCCGAUACAACUCACACUAAAAGCGGCUCCAAGAUCCUGCAUCAAGAUUUCAACAGAUAAGACGAAGAAACGGGUAGUUUUCGCCGAUGACAGAGGAUAUGCAUUGGAACAAGUGAAGUUCAUGACAGAGCCGUCACAUGUUCCUCCAUAUUGGGCGUUGAAAAUCAUAGCCAGUCCGCCUCCGGAACGGAAGCCUCCCGUUCCACUGACAGACGUUUGGGAGCCGAGGUUUCCCCAACCAGCAUCAGAUUAUGUAGCAUUCCGUCGAAGAAUCAAUGAAGAAUUUGUGUCGUUAGAAAACGUAAUAGUCAAACAGGAUGAGUGUGCUGUUGACGGGACGGUUAAAGUCAAAAACUUGGAUUUCAAUAAGGAAGUGUUUAUCCGAGCAACAUCUGAUGGAUGGAGGACGCAGGAAGACACGUACUGUGCGUUUGUGGAGCCGGGACCCUUGAAUCAAGCAGGAGUUUCGUCCUACGACACUUUUGCAUUCCGUCUGCAGCUACCUAUCCAUUCUAGGAGAUUGGAUUUUUGUGUGUGUUUCCGUUGCAAAGGCGUCGAGUAUUGGGAUAAUAAAAACGGUGAAAACUACACGAUAGAAAAGUCGUCGGUUAGAAAAUCACCGGCGAUCGCGUGUGCCAGAAUCAAUUACGGAAAUUCUUGGACGAACAAAUCUAGCAACGAUGGGAACACUCCGUACUGGUGAAAGGUGUGAAAGAUAAUGUUGAUUUGUGUCUUUUCUCGGUUGGCGAAUGCCAGUUUGUGAUCUUGUGCCAUAACGUGCCUGAUGGAUUAAUCGGGAAGUCAUGAGGUUUGUGAGAAUCUUUCUUUUUAUCAUUUAAAGUGGAUCGUAGCAGAAGCUAAUCUGUAAGUUCAAAAAGUGAAACGAAUUUAAUAGCUAUUCGAUAACAGCUCAAUCAAUACUCGCAAUGGAAUGUAAUUGCCAUUUUACUCGAAUAUUAAAGAAUGUAAUACGUUUUCGUCGUAUACGAUAAGAAAUGGAAGAGAGCAAUUAAGGUUUCAAACGUUUAGUGCCAUCUUGUGACAAGUAGCAGUACUAAAAUUCAUCAUAGGCCGCAGCUAUCAGAUAAUCUAGCAUCAAUUCAAUCAAUGACCUUGGAUUGACGAGAUAAAUGCCGAAAAACUAGGUAUUUUUACCAAUACAAGACAGAAUACACAGACAAUCAAUUUGACAUAAGUAAGAGAUUGGAUUGAUGCCAGAAUAUUGGCUGCGUUUUAGUAAACAAGCAAAUGAACGUCAUGAUACCAACUGUAAAUAAAGGAACUAAAUUGACCCCAGCAGAAGCUGUCCUUUUCUAUAAAUAACUUUGUGAUAAGGAUAGCGCUAGUCAACCAAUUUGAGUAAGGAGUCAAUAUAUUUUAAACAGAAAUGCCAGUUUACAAUAACGAUAAUAAUCAUCAACUUAAUGUAAUUAAUCCGUAUGCCUUUAUCUUAUCAGCUAAUCUAUUACAUUACAGUCAUUUAAUUAAAAUGUUAUCUAGCUUUCUAUUUAAUUGAGUCAUUAAAAUAAUAAGGUGUCAAAACUUGGAGUCAAAUAUAGGUUUAGAAUUAAUAUUAACAGAUCCUCUGAACUAGAAUAUUAUGUUAGGAGAGGCUAGAAGAUAAAGGCUUAGGUUUUUUUUCACAAUAUAGCCUAGCUUCUGUAAAAAUUCACUUUAAAAGGCUCGAAAAUAGACUGCUUCUGGGUAAAUUACAUUUAAUUUUGUACCUAAGUUAGUCUUAGUUUUAAGGAUUUAUGGAUAGACUGAUUUCUAGCUGUUAUCAGUGAAUGGAU